AUGGGGGAUCAACGGCCAAGACGCCGCCAGGCGCAGAAGAAACGCUCCAAGACCGGUUGUCGAACUUGCCGGAUUCGCCGGAUCAAAUGCGACGAGACCCCGGGAGGAUGUCGCAACUGCCAGACGUCCGGGUGGCCGUGUGAAGGAGUGGAGCUCAAUCCCCUCCCCGGUAAACACGUCGCGUCCAAGGCACAGUUGUUGCCGUCCCUCGCGACCGACUUUGCAUGGACCGGGACCAGGACCAUGACCAUGACCUCGGAUGAGAAGCGAUGCUUGUCCUUCUUCCACUAUGUGGUGCUUCCGGGGUGUGUCGAGGCGUCGGAUCCAGGGCUGUGGGAGCAGGUCAUCUUCCCCCUCAGCGCCAUCGAGCCGGCCGUCUACCACGCCGUGCUGGCCUUCAGUGCCGUCAAUCACCACAUCCACGAAACCGACAGACUGGCAAUUCCAGGCCAGGAUCUGCGCAGUUCCUGGCACGGUUUUGCCCUGGUCCAUUCGAGUCAAUCGUUCAGUCUGCUCCAGCGGCGGACAGGGUCGCAUGACCCGCAGCUACCACAGGUGCUUUUGGUCUGCUGCCUACUCUUCAUCUUGCUCGAGCUGGCCUGUGCCCGCUACGAUGACGCCAAUACCCACCUGCGUAGUGGGCUGCACAUCCUCCACGAGCUACGACGGGGCGCUUCCAGCAUGGAUCCAGCGGCAUAUCCGAUUCCCCCAGGUCUCCUAGAAGCCUUUCUCUAUCUCGAUGCCCACUCAGCCUUUCACGGCGUCCAGCAGCCCUUCCUGCCCCUUGACCAACAGUUUCAGUAUCACGAGUCCUUUGAGGCCCGUUUAUGUGCAACGCCCUUCCAGACCGUCCAGCAAGCCCGUCAGAUCUUGCACUCCGUAGUCCCAACCGUCUUCCUCCUCCUUGAGCGCUGCUGGAGCCUCACGGACGUAGAACUCCUGAACCAGUACCCCGUGCUCCAGCCACAACAGCAACGGCUCCUAUCUUGUCUCAAUCAAUUUGGGGUGCAAUGGGAGAUGUUCAUUCGACAGACUCUCCCGGAGACACAAGAUCAAACCUCUACUAUGGUUCAACUGGCCCAUCGCACCUUCACCCUGGCCCUAAAAACAUGUCUUCACCCACCAUGCCAUCCCGAUCUGCGGGCUCUCCUCCACGAAUAUGAGAAUUUGCUCUCUGACGCACGGACUGCAUUGACACGCACGGAGCCCGUUCACCAGAGGCCGGGUCGUCUUCCUCGCCGUGUCGCGCGCUUCACGCCCGAUGGCACCGUCUGCGCGGCACUCAGCUUUCUGGCCCUGCGCUGUCCUGACUACGCCAUCCGGGCACGGGCGAUCCAGGCCCUCCGGAGCACCCCGCGCGCCGGGGGUUAUUACAAUGGCGCGCUGGUCGCAGAGUAUGCCAUUAGUGGGCUGAAGUUGGAACUGGGAUUGGGGGGCGGUGGUUCCGGGUCUAUCAAACAGCACCCUCAGCCGGAAAAGGGGGUUUGGCAUGCUGGCCAAUCUCCUCCGGGGACCGGUCUUAAAGAUAGUCGAGACCUUCAGGAGCUUCUUGCCCUAGAGCAGGACGGUCGGUUGCUGGGAUCCAUUGCCUCACUUCAAGGAGCCUCGGACUGGCUCGCGAGUCGGCCGGGCGGCGUAGUGGAAACAAAGUGUUCGGAGAUUGAGGGCCGGUCCGUGUGGUACUUAGACUGUGCAUGAUUUGAUGCGGACAGAAUGUGUUAUGUUGAAGAGGGCUUGGGUCUCCAUUCCAUUCUGACCGCAGUAUAUAACCGUACGGUUAACCACCUCGG